UGUACCCGUCGGCGUGUGAAGACAGGUGAGACAAAAUUACAAUCGAAGCUUGUUGCGCACGAAUUCUUUCGGGCAACCUCAUUUGCAUAAAACGCAGCACUUAUCUUCCAAGCCGGAGAAUGAACAUGAAGAAAGAAACAGAUUUUUCUGUUCAGGGAAUCAUCGGGGAUCAAAGGGAAUCGAAAAAUUGGUUUCUCAAACGGAAGAUUACAUCGUCUUCUGCGGCAAGCAAUGCUGAACGAGAAGCACACGAUCGAAAGGAUUUCUCAGCGUCUUUUUACAAUUUUAAAAUGGAUGAUGUUUUGCGUUAUUUCUUUGGAGACAAACGCUUAUUCCAGACAAAACGCAAGAAGGCGUAUCAUUUAGACUCUCACAAAUUCCAUCCGAGAACUGUCCAGGAAAUUUACGCAGGAAAAGACAAAGACAGUCAAUCGAGGGAGCAACGCUUGAACAUCACUCCUCUCCAGUCUCUGCGCAAUGUUUCUUCGGCCGACGAAAAAUUUAAUGAUUCAGAGAUGUCGUAUGCAAUGAGAACAUUUCCAUCUGUAGUAAGGUUAUGUGAAUCAUCAAUCCCCGGUUGUCGUUUUGGUGUAUGCGCACAACAAUUUAUCCCUAUAGGAACUUGGAUUGGUCCUUACGAAGGAAACCGACUGUCGACCGAAGAUGUUAGGAACGAAAUCGACACAUCUUACAUGUGGGAGAUCUAUCAUGGCGGAAAAAUAUCUUCAUAUGUCGAUGGUGUAGACGAGAAUGUUUCGAGUUGGAUGAGAUACAUACGUUGCGCAAGACAUGAACACGAACAAAACUUAUUUGCUUUCCAAUAUGGUGAUAAUAUUUACUAUCGUGCUUUUAAGAACAUCACCAUGGGAUCGGAAUUACUCGUAUGGUACGAUGAGCAGUACGAACAGUAUCUUGGGAUACCUCUGUAUCUUAGAGAUUUAGGUCAAUACUCUGAAGAUCGUUCACUGUCAGUAAGAGCGACAACAAAACCAUAUCUACAACACCAAGAUAGUCCAGAAUGCAACACGGUACCAGUUAAUAGCGAAGCGCAUCACAAAAUAUUAGAAAAAAAAGAACAAGACUUUGAAUUAAAAACUUUGAACUGUUCGAAAGAAUCUUCCAUCACGACGGAGUCUAGACCAUCUGUGACGUCACGUGAGAGUGCUGGAGGUCUGGAAACGGGCGUCUGGCGAUGUGGUCAAUGCUUCAAAAGUUUCACUCAACGUUCUUUAUUGCAAAUUCAUGUGUGCCCGCAGUCACCAAAGAGACCAUAUCAGUGUGGUCAUUGCACCCAAUCAUUUUCCCAUCCGACUGACUUGCGGGCGCACGUUGUCACCCACAACAGCGACAGACCGUUCAAAUGCGGUUUUUGUGCUCGCUCGUUUGCGGGCUCGACAACUUUAAACAACCAUAUACGAACGCACACUGGACAAAAACCGUUUGUCUGCAAAAAAUGUUCGCGCUCUUUCUCCCAGGCCUCUCAGCUCAGCCGUCAUCAACGUCUUCCAGGCGACUGCUCAAGCCCAUCACGAGUAGGCGAAAAUUGAAUAUGCAAAAAGGAGAGGCGUUUUUUUUUUAAUAAAAAUUACGCAAAUUUCACGCUGCCAUAAAAAAUACGAGCCAAUAAAAUGCGUUCAUCUAUUUCAUUGAUUACAAUGAAAUUUAAAAUGAGUAAAAGUUUAAACAAAUGUCUUGCGACAGUUUUAAAUCUCUAUUAGUGUGCCAAAUGAUUAAGUUAAAAGAGAUUCAUUUGUUCAAGUUUUUGAGAGAGAUAUCUUUUGUUAAACUACGUGUGGUCUUUGCCGUGUAACAUGUUCGUGAAAUAUAUUAGCUUGAAGUCGAUUGAAUACACCAA